UCUUACUGAAUACAGUAGAGAGAGAAUCAGGUAGACAGGUCUGACAGUUUGUUGUUCUUCUUCUUCUACUAUCAGAUGCGGGGAGAGAGAAACAUGCUACGAUGUCUUCUUGAAAAUCGUUCUGAAAUUUGAAAUUUCAAUUGUCUUCUCUCUCUCAUUUCUUCUUUCAAAUAAAUGGUAUGCUACUUUCAAAUUGAAUCUGUCGGGGGACUACUCUUUUCGUCGUCACUUCGGAAAUAAAAUAAAAAAGAAAUGAACUGAUUCAAGGUUCUUUAUAUUCAAAUCUUUCUCUUUCCUUUCGGCAUCAGGAAAUUGCUGUUCUAGUCGUGGCUAAAAAACUCUUCUGCUCUCGUGCCCUGGAGGCAAAAAGAGUAAAGGUGGAGAGGCAGGUUUGGUGGCUGGAAAAGGUGUCCGAUGCCUUGAAUGUUAGGGAAAAGACAAGAUUAAUUUGAGGUCUGGUGAUUGUUUGACUGACUUAAACCAUGUCCGAAGGCUGCGGUAAGGAAUCCGUGGUGGAUGAUAGCCUGUCUACGGAAGAAUGGCUAACGUGCGCACAAGGUCUCGUCCCGACGGCGCUGGAGAAGGCCAGGGAGGUUAAAGGCUUCCCUGUCCGAUGGAAGAUGAUCAUUUCCAAGUUGGAGCAGAUUCCGGCACGGCUGUCGGAUUUAUCCAGCCAUCCUUGCUUCUCCAAGAAUGCACUUUGCAAGGAGCAGCUGCAGGCUGUUUCAAGAACACUGAAUGAGGCAAUUGAAUUGGCGGAAGCCUGCACGAAAGAGAAGUAUGAGGGGAAGCUCAAGAUGCAGAGUGAUCUCGACGCACUCGCCGGAAAACUGGAUUUGAAUCUGCGUGAUUGCGGGCUGUUGAUCAAGACAGGUGUUCUUGGCGAGGUCUCUGUUCUGCCGGCUGUGGCGAGCACUUCAGCUGAGCCGGAGGCUGCCGGAUAUGGAAACUUGAGGGAAUUACUCGCCCGGCUGCAGAUUGGCCAUUUGGAGGCUAAACAUAAAGCUCUCAACAGUCUUGUGGAAGUUAUGAAAGAGGACGAAAAGAAUGUUCUGGCGGUGAUCGGGCGAAGUAACAUUGCGGCAUUAGUCCAGCUGCUCACUGCUACUUCGCCUCGUAUCAGAGAAAAGACAGUUACGAUCAUCUGCUCGCUUGCCGAGUCGCGCAGCUGUGAGAAUUGGCUCGUUUCAGAAGGCGUGCUCCCUCCGCUCAUCAGGCUUGCAGAAUCGGGCAGCGCUGUGGGGAAAGAGAAGGCGAUAAUUGCUCUUCAAAGGCUUUCGAUGUCAUCCGAAACGGCGCGUUCUAUCGUCGGUCACGGCGGGGUGCGGCCGUUGGUCGAGAUUUGUCAAUCCGGCGAUUCAGUGUCGCAGGCCGCUGCAGCGUGUACGCUAAAGAAUAUAUCUGCUGUGCCGGAGGCUCGCCAAGCCCUUGCCAAGGAAGGGAUAGUGAAGGUGAUGAUAAGUCUUCUCGAUUCCGGAAUUCUCUUGGGAUCGAAGGAGUACGCGGCCGAAUGCUUGCAGAACUUAACGUCGAGCAAUAACGAUCUCAAGAAAGACGUCGUAGCUGAAGGUGGGCUAACGAGCCUUCUUGCUUAUCUAGACGGUCCGUUGCCUCAAGAAUCCACAGUCGGCGCAUUGCGUAAUCUGGUCGGAUCAGUGUCUGCCGAAGCUCUGAUGUGCGCCGGCGUCAUCCCGAGGUUGGCUCAUGUGCUGAAAUCGGGAUCUCCGAGCGCGCAGCAAUCUGCGGCAUCGGCCAUCUGCCGGAUUUCCACUUCGUCAGAGAUGAAAAGAUCGGUAGGUGAAGCUGGAUGCAUUCCGUUAUUGGUGAAAAUGCUCGAGGCGAAGGCAAAUGCCGCGAAGGAAGUUGCGGCACAGGCGAUAGCUGCGCUGAUUACCGUAUCCAGCAACUGCCGAGAAGUGAAGAAGGAUAACAAAAGCGUGCCAAACUUGGUGGCAUUGCUCGACCCGAACCCUCAGAACACUGCCAAGAAAUACGCGGUUUCGUGCCUGAUGUUGCUUUCCUCGAGCAAGAAGUGCAAGAAGCUGAUGGUUUCUUACGGGGCGAUCGGGUAUCUGAAGAAGCUGGCUGAAAUGGACGUUCCGGGCGCGAAAAAGCUGCUCGAAAGGAUGGAACGUAGCAAGAUCAAGAGUCUGUUUGCGAGGAAGUCGUAGGAUGUGAGGAUCUUUGUUUUGUGGGUGCUAUAAUGUAAGAAAGUAGUAGCUUCUUAACAUCAUGGAAAACAGGUUCAAACAAUACUCAGCUAUGUCUGUAUAAAAAUGAAUAAUGAAUGUUCUUCGAAUUCUGCCUCAAUCAAUACAACAACAUUAAUGCA